AUGGAGACAGCAUUGAAGAUGUUGGAGUUGGAUGACAUAUUGAUCUGUCAAAAGAACCUCCCCUCGAGUGCUUGUACAGCACACGAAUCCACCAUUUUGUACCGAUUCCCAUUGUUGUCUGGGAGUCCGUCUCCUCCCCCCCUCAUACCAUCGUUGCCUGAUCUGGCGCAUCAGGACCAAUCUGGGCCCUCCAACCCCUACCUUGCCCUCCCACCGCCUGAAGACGAGAUCCCGGACCUUGACGAGUUGCCCUCCGAACAACCACCCUCACCCCCACCUACCACACCUGCUCCUACCAUGUCAGGACACCACCACAUCACCCUUGCUGCCGACCCCCCCUAUUUUGAUGGGGACAAGACCAAGUACAUGGGCUUUGUGGACUUGUGCACCGCCUACAUCGGUGUAUACCGGUCGGAAUUCUCAACAGAUGAAACCAAAAUCCUCUUCAUCCUCUCCUACCUCUGCAACGAGGCUGGCACAAGCUGCGCCGCCUCGAGAUGGGCGAUGAACUGGAAGCAGCACAACUACCAGGCUGAAAGGAAGAGGCAUUCAAUGGACGUAUAUGUCCAGAUCACGGGCCUGGACUCAGGAAAGACGCGCGGUGUCAAGGCGCUACUCGACAGUGGCUGCAGUACCUGCUGUAUCGAUACCGACUACGCGCGGGCAGAGAAGCUGGAUAUCCAAGAGCUUCCACAACCCAUCGUGGCUCGAUGA